AUGAUCCUUAACCUUAAAAUUCCCAUUCCAUCCAAAACCUCAAAUCCCACAAAUACCCUAAAACCCCACCUUUCCCUUCCCGCCACCGUCACCGCCACAGCUGCCGCCGCCGACUCCGGCCUUAAUUUCCGGCAGAAACUUAUCUACCUCCAAUCCCUCAAUGUAAGUCCUACAAAAGCCCUCAAUGAAAACCCAAAUCUUCGUUCUGUUCCACUCUCCACCCUUUACUCCGUUACACACUGCCUCUCCUCCAUGGGCUUGGAAGCCUCUGCCCUCGGCCGCGUCUUGGAUAUGUACCCCUCGCUCCUCACCUCCGACCCAUACUCCGACAUUUAUCCUAUUUUCGAUUUCUUAUUGAAUACGGUUGAAAUCCCAUUUCCUGAGAUACGGAAAUCCAUAAUUCGGUGCCCCAGGCUGCUUGUUUCGAAUCCGGAAACUCAAUUAAAACCUACGUUUGAGUUCUUGACGCAAUUGGGUUUCACGGGCCCGAAUAAAUUAACCUCCCAAACAACAUUGUUGUUGGUUUCGAGUGUUGAGUUUACAUUAUUGCCAAAGAUUGAGUAUUUAGUGGAAUUAGGGUUUGAGUAUGAUGAGGUUAGGAAUAUGGUGUUGAGGUCGCCAGGGUUGUUGACAUUUAGCGUAGAGAAUAACUACAAGCCGAAAGUGGAGUAUUUCUUGAAUGAAAUGGAUGGGGAUUUGGAGGAAAUAAAGAAGUUUCCCCAAUACUUCUCGUAUAGUUUGGAGCGAAAAAUAAAGCCACGCCACCGGAUUUUAAUGGAGCUUGGGUUUCCGAUGCAGUUAUCUGAUAUGUUGAAGGUAAGUGAUGGGGAGUUCCGUGCACGAUUCCUAAGCAUUUUUCUGGGUUCAAGCAUUGUUGAUGCGUUCAUGGCUAUGCAUAGUUUUACUGCUGGAUUCAAAUUCAAGACUUGUGAAUUCUUUGGGUCUGAUUUUUGUAACUUCAUUAAUGAUCAUCCAUUUAACACUAUAAAUGUAUAUUCGAUCUGCAUUGACAUAUCAGAGCCAUUGAACUUGACCAGUUUAAUGGGAAGCCUAUAA